AUGUUACGUGAUAUUUUUGCAAAGAAGGCGCCACAGACUUUGCUCACACGUUGUCACUCCUUUUUGCGAUUCGUUUGCCACUUGAAGGACGUUGGAGAGACUUUCCCAGGCACUGAGCAGGGCCUCUACGGUUUCCUUUGCCGUCUUCGUGAUGCAGGUGCGUCCACGUCAAAUUUGCAGAGUGUUGUGCAGGCUUUGAAUUUUGCGCAACAUGUUGUGGGACUGCCUGAACUCACAGUUGUCACGACCUCAAGACGAUGCAUAGGAGCUGUAGGCACGAGAAAUGUUGGGCCAAAAAGGCAGGCACAUCCGUUCACAGUCAGUGAGCUACUCGUGCUUCACUCAGUUUUGCUGGACACGAAUGAAGAUCCAUGGAACCGAGUUUUUGCAGGGACAGUGCUUUUUGCAGUUUACAGCAGAAGCCGGUGGAUGGACAUGCAACAUGCAGAGACCAUGGAAGUGGACACAGAUUUCACUGGAUUUGCAGUCUAUGUGGAGUUGCACAUUUCAGUUCAUAAAUGUCAGGAGUCCACAGCUUUUCGAAACACUUUUUUGACAGCUGUUGCCCCAAAUUUGGGAAUCACUGCAGAGCCUUGGAUUCAGGCUUGGCUGGAUGUCAGGACACGACUUGGGAUUGAUUUCAACUUGGGUCUGCCGACGUUGCCAGCUCCCAACUCAGAUGGGCUUCCAACCAAGCGGCCAUUGAGCACAGAUGAGAUGAAACAUUGGCUGCAACUGGUUUUCACUUCCAAAGGGCUGAGUCUUGAUGGACGACGUCUGACGUCACACAGCUGCAAAUGCACGUUGUUGAGUUGGUUGGCCAAGCAUGGUGAUGAUUGGGCAGACCGCAUGGCUUUAGGUGGGCAUGUCUCCUUCAUGAAAUCAGCGAUUGUCUACAGUCGAGAUGCAAUGGCAAGACCCAUCAGGGUUAUGGAAAAAUUGUUGCAAGACAUCAGGCUUGGUCGUUUUUGUCCUGACGAGUCUAGGAGUGGACGAUUCAAGGACAUCCCAACUGGUGAUGCCGCAACUGGCAGCGAUUUUGCAGAGUUGAGUUUUGCUGACAGCGGUUUGGAUUUGUUCAGUUUGCAGCCGGAGUCCAAGACUGAUGCUGCCAGAGUCGUCAUUGACCUCGAGGAAAACGAUGCAAACGAAGUCAAAACAGAGAGCCAUGAAAACAGCAGUUCAGACUCUGAUGCGCUUACAACUUCGUCCAGUGAAGAUGAAGCAGGGGCUCAGUGCACCGGUGCAUCACGCUUGAUGCGGCUGCCUACUGUUCCAGACUCUUUGAAGCUCAUUCAGCAUACAAAGUACAAGACACUGCAUUUGAUGGAGAAACAAAACGAAAAGAUCAUGCUUUGUGGUCGAGCCAUGGUGCAGGGCAGAUAUGAUGCUGCAGGUGAGUUGCAUGAUGGUCUGCAUGAUGUCUUCAGUGAUGCUGGCAUUACAACCUUCUCUACAUUAGCUUUUGCAGUGGGAACACCGCAGAGUGCGCCAGCUGACGAUGAAAUGCAAAGGUUCACAGACCGUUUGAUGGGUGGACCGGCCACUUUGGCCGACUUGUCUGUGGUCAAGCGCAUUCACUUUGAGGCGGUCACCCUGGUCAUGGUUGACAUACAACAACACUCAACAGCCCAGGACCUUUCUGAACCUGGGCGAAGUCUUCCAUUCGUGGAAAAACAACGGCGACUGGCCGUGCAGCAGGCGAAGAUCACAGGCAUUAGCCAUCGGCAUGAGCAACAAGCGUCACACGCGCUAAUUGACGCGUGCUUUCAGAUGGUGGAAAAUGGAUCCUUGGUGUACUUGGCACCAUCGAAGUGCGGGUCCAGAGAUCAAGAAAUACAACAGGAUGCAAAGACGAAACAAAAGCAACUGGUUACCAUCGAACAGGGAGCCUUGAAAGCUGUCGCCAAUCCAAUUUUGGCUUCUGUUGACAUUGGGACGGAAUUGCGAUUGAUGUACGCCCUACAAAGGCGUGGGUUGGCAUUUGACCUGGUGGGUCUUAUGUCAUGGGACACCCACAAUGAGUGGAGCAACAAACUCUUUAGGGCACUCAUGGCCGACGCUGUGCCGAACUUCAAUCCCAUAUCGAUUGACCAGUUGCUGAGAGCAGACCAGGAAUUGUUCCUCCUCCUUGCGGCAGAGCACACCGGAUCUUUGAAGGCAGCAUCGGUAGACCAGGAUCCUCCACUUGACCAAGAAGUGCGUCGCUUGAUGAAUGAUCCCAGGAUCAACGUGCACCUCACUCCAAUUCAGAGGAUGGAGAAGAGAGCUGCGCCGGCUGGGGCGCCUUUGCAGGGAUCUCCGAACAAGAACAACUUCAACAAAAAGCAGAAAGUGGAUACACCCAAAACACCAAGUCAGGUGCCAGCUGAGUUGCAAGGACUUCAUACGAAAACCAAGGAUGGAAAGCCCAUUUGCUGGCACAAGAACAUGAAAAAAGGAUGCCGCAAUGACUCAGUGGAUCAGACACCAAUGCAUGGUGCCUUGGACUCCAAGCCGAAACCUCAUGGCGAGGAGUUGAAAGGUGGUUGCGUUGUACAACAAAGUGAGUCAACCGCCUCCACAGGGCAGUUUUUUGGACCCUCGACUGAGUUUGUUAGCGAGGGCUGA